CAGAACCCUGGGGACAGGGGUGGAGCCCUCUGCACAGCCUCGCAGCUGGGGCAGGAAGCGAGAGUGGGGAGGGGGAAGGCCACAGCCCGCAGAGUCAAGGCGGGCCCAGGACCUGUGGAGACGGAGGGUAAUACCAAAGCUCGAGCCCUGAGGCCCUGCUGGCCCCCUGGGCACCGGCCCAGCCCCGGCCUCCAGGGAUGGCCCUUGUAGACCCCGACAUCUUUAAUAAGGACCCCCGGGAACACUAUGAUCUACUGCAGCGCCUGGGUGGUGGAACCUAUGGAGAAGUCUUCAAGGCUCGUGACAAGGUGUCUAAGGACCUGGUGGCUUUGAAGAUGGUGAAGAUGGAGCCUGAUGAUGAUGUCUCCACCCUUCAGAAGGAGAUUCUCAUGUUGAAAACUUGCCGGCAUGCCAACAUCGUGGCUUACCAUGGCAGUUACCUCUGGCUGCAGAAGCUCUGGAUCUGCAUGGAAUUCUGUGGGGCUGGUUCUCUCCAGGACAUCUACCAAGUGACUGGCUGUCUGUCCGAGCUCCAGAUCAGCUACGUGUGCCGGGAAGUGCUCCAGGGUCUGGCCUACCUGCACUCGCAGAAGAAGAUACACCGAGACAUCAAGGGAGCCAACAUCCUCGUCAAUGACUCCGGGGAGGUUAGGCUGGCUGACUUUGGAAUCUCAGCCCAGAUUGGGGCGACAUUGGCCCGACGCCUCUCUUUCAUUGGGACACCAUACUGGAUGGCUCCAGAGGUGGCAGCUGUGGCCCUGAAGGGUGGAUACACUGAGUUGUGCGACAUCUGGUCUCUUGGCAUCACGGCCAUUGAGCUGGCUGAGCUUCAGCCACCCCUCUUCGACGUGCACCCUCUCAGGGUUCUCUUCCUCAUGACAAAGAGUGGCUACCAGCCUCCUCGGCUAAAGGAAAAAGGCAAAUGGUCGUCUGCCUUCCAUAACUUUAUCAAAGUCACCCUCACUAAGAGCCCCAAGAAACGCCCCGGUGCCGCCAAGAUGCUCAGUCAUCAGCUGGUGUGCCAGCCAGGGCUCAACAGAGGCCUCAUCUUGGAUCUUCUUGACAAAAUGAGGAAUCCUGGGAAGGGGGCCCCUGUUGGGGAGCCUGACGACGAGGAGCCUGAGCCACCUCCUGCCAUCCCUCGGCGGAUCAAAUCUACCCACCGGGCCAGCUCACUGGGGAUCCCAGACACAGACUGCUGUCGGCGGCACAUGGAGUUCCAGAGGCUCAGAGGGAUGGAACCCAGACCUCCAGCUGACACUGUUUGCUUACAGCCCCCUGGAGACUUCAGGAGCACCAGUCCCAGGAGCCAACUGUCAGAGUCUGAUGACGACUAUGAUGAUGUGGACAUCCCUGCCCCAGCAGAGGACGUGCCUCCUCCACUGCCCCCCAAGCCCAAGUUCCGGUCUCCAUCUGACGAUGGUUCUGGAGGGGUAGGGGACGACGGACAGCUGAGCCCAGGGGUGCUGGUCCGGUGUGCCAGUGGGCCUCCUCCUCGUACCCCUCGUCCUGGGCCUCCCACAGCCACACACAGCCCCCAUCUCACAGCCCACUCAGAUCCCUCACUGUGGAACUCAGCUGCGCCGGAGCCAGGUCAGCCCCCACUCCUGCCCCCUAAGAAGGAAAAGAUGAGGAGAAAGAUGGAGAAAGUGAGGCGCCAAGAGGGAUGCGCCCUUCUUGUGAAGUUAUUCAACGGCUGCCCCCUCCAGAUCCACAGCACAGCUGCCUGGACACAUCCCUCUACUAAAGACCAGCACCUGCUCCUGGGUGCAGAGGAAGGCAUUUUCAUACUGAACCGGAAUGAUCAGGAGGCCACGCUGGAGAUGCUCUUCCCUGGACGGACAACCUGGGUGUACUGCAUCAACAACCUGCUCAUGUCUCUCUCAGGGAAGACUCCCCACCUGUAUUCUCAUAGCAUCCUGGGCCUGCUGGAGAGGAAGGAGAUCAGAACAGGAAGCCCCAUCGCUCACAUUAGCCCUCACCGGUUUCUGGCAAGAAAGAACAUGGUCUCCACCAAGGUCCAGGAUACCAAAGGCUGCCGGGCCUGCUGUGUGGCCGAGAGUACCAGCUCUGGGGGCCCAUUCCUGUGUGGGGCGUUGGAGACGUCUGUGGUCCUGCUCCAGUGGUACCAGCCAAUGAACAAGUUCCUGCUCGUCCGGCAGGUGCUGUUCCCGCUGCCCACGCCGCUGCCCGUGUUCGCGCUGCUGACGGCGCCGGGCUCCGAGCUGCCGGCGGUGUGCAUCGGCGUGAGCCCCGGGCACGCGGCGAGGUCGGUGCUCUUCCACACCGUGCGCUUUGGUGCCCUGUCCUGCUGGCUGGACGACUCCAGCACGGAGCACAAGGGACCAGUGCAGGUGACCCAGGUCAAGGAAGACAUGGUGAUGGUGUUGAUGGACGGCUCUCUGAAGCUCGUGACCCCAGAGGGGGCCCCAGCUCCCGGGCUUCGCACCCCUGAGAUCCCCAUGACGGAAGCAGUGGAGGCUGUGGCUAUGGUUGGAGACCGACUCCAGGCCUUCUGGAAGCAUGGAGUUCAGGUGUGGGCUCCAGGCUCAGAACAGCUGCUGCAGGAGCUGAGAGACCCCACCCUCACCUUCCGUCUGCUCGGCUCCCCCAGGCCUGUCGUGGUGGAGACACGGCCCUCGGAUGACCCCACUGCCCCUAGCAACCUCUACAUCCAGGAAUGACCAUCUGAGAGAGCACGAGAAACGGACCUCUGUGGACUCCUGAAGACACUAGUGGUCAUGACUUGUCCUUAUCUUCCAAUAAACAUGACUUCGGUCUGUUGCCAUCUUGC